AUGCCUGGAUCAGCUACAGCUAUCCGACAAGAGAGACUGAAGAAGACCAAUGCAAGGCCAAUUCCCCUUGGUUUAUUCACCAUUAAUGAGGAAGAUGAACAGCAAAAGAAUGGAAAUUCCGGAAGACCGAAAGCACCUGACAGCUAUAGAGUGCAAGAUAAGAAAACUGCCUCCAACCGCCCCUCCUCUGCAAUUUCAGGACAAAAUACCAACCACUCAGGAAGUAAACCAGACCCUCCACCUGUGCUACGGGUUGAUGACCGGCAGCGGCUAGCACGGGAGCGACGUGAAGAACGGGAAAAACAGCUAGCUGCAAGAGAAAUCAUCUGGUUAGAAAAAGAAGAGCGAGCCAGGCAGUACUAUGAAAAGCACCUGGAGGAACGGAAGAAGAAGUUGGAGGAGCAGAGGCUGAAGGAGGAGCGGAGGAGGGCUGCUGUGGAGGAAAAGCGAAGGCAGAGGCUGGAGGAAGACAAGGAACGCCAUGAAGCUGUUGUACGGCGUACAAUGGAAAGGAGCCAGAAGCCAAGACAGAAGUAUAACCGGUGGUCAUGGGGCGGCCCCAUGCAUGGGAGCUCCAGCAUCCACAGUGCAGAUCCAGACAGGCGGUCAGUUUCCACCAUGAAUCUUUCGAAACAUGUUGAUCCCGUCAUUAGCAAGCGGCUCUCCUCCUCAUCUGCAACUUUACUAAAUUCUCCAGAUAGAGCUCGCCGCCUGCAGCUCAGCCCAUGGGAGAGCAGCGUUGUUAACAGACUCCUGACGCCCACACAUUCGUUCCUGGCCAGAAGUAAAAGCACAGCCGCCUUGUCUGGAGAAGCAGCAUCUUGCAGCCCCAUCACCAUGCCCUACAAAGCUGCACACUCUAGAAAUCCGAUGGAUCGACCAAAACUCUUUGUAACACCACCUGAGGGCUCUGCACGCAGGAAGACCCUUCAUGGCACAGCGGGCUAUAAAAGAGAGAGAGAAAGAGAAAAUAUACCCUUCCACCUUACAUCUGGCACCCGAAGGUCCCUGUCUCCAUCUAAUCCCAAAGCAAGAUCUCCAGCUUCCUCCCGGCUUUGGCUCCCCUCCAAGUCCUUCCCUCAUUUGCCUGGCACACCCAGACCAGCCUCCUCCUUGCCUCCCGGCUCAGUCAAAACUGCUGCUGCUGCUCAGGCCCGGCCCCCAUCCCCUGGCAACAUCCGCCCUGUCAAGAGAGAGGUCAAAGUAGAUCCAGAGAAAAAAGACCCGGAGAAGGAACUUCAGAAAGUUGCCAGUGAGCCCUCGCUAAAGGGCAGAGCACCUUUAGUGACGGUAGAAGAAGCCACAGUUGAAGAAGGGACACCUGUCGAAGCAGAAGCUGUCCCUGGUGAGAAUGAACUGCCUCCUGCUCCAGCCAUGGCCCCAACCGCAGCUUUGGCCCCAGCCCCAGUCCCUGCUCCAGCCUCGGUACCAGCCCCGUCACACACUGUGACUACCAGUGCUUCUCCUAAGACUUCUGCAGGAACCACCGACCCAGAAGAGGCCACAAGGCUUCUGGCUGAGAAGAGGCGGCUGGCCCGAGAGCAGAGAGAGAAGGAGGAAAGGGAGAGGAAGGAGAAGGAAGAGGUCGAAAGACAAAAGAGAGAGGAAUUGGCUCAAAGGGUAGCUGAAGAGAGAACCCGCCGUGAGGAGGAAGCCCGACGGCUGGAGGCUGAGCAAGCCCAGGAGAAGGAAGAGCAGCUGCGAAGGGAGCAGGAGGGGCGCCUGCAGAGGCAAAGCCAGCCUGCCCGUCAGAAGCAGACACCGACUUCUUGUUUUCAGAAAGAAGAAGAGGCUCGUGUUCGUGAAGAAGCAGAGAGGGUCCGGCAGGAACGGGAGAGGCAUUUCCAGAGAGAGGAGCAGGAGCGCCUGGAGAGAAAGAAGCGACUUGAGGAGAUCAUGAAAAGAACCAGGAGAACAGAAGCUACAGAUAAGAAAACCAUUGAUCAGAGAAAUGGCGAUAUUGCCAAGGGAGUGCUCACUGGAAGAACAGAGGUAUCUGCACUUCCAUGUAUGACAAACUCUCCAGGAAAUGGAGAACCAGUAGCCAGCCCACAUGUGGUUACCUCUCACCAGUCCAAAGUGACUGUGGAAAGUACUCCAAAUUUGGAAAAACAACCAAAUGAAAAUGGUGUAUCUGUUCAGGAUGAAAACUUUGAAGAAAUUAUAAACUUACCCAUUGGAUCUAAACCAUCCAGAUUAGAUGUCACCAACAGUGAGAGCCCAGAAAUUCCUUUGAAUCCAAUUUUGGCCUUUGAGGAUGAAGGGACACUUGGGCCCUUGCCUCAGGUAGAUGGUGUUCAAACACAGCAGACCACAGAAGUUAUAUGAGCAUUUCUUCUGAAGAAC